UGUUGACUUGUUCGAUCUCGGAUUUCCUGGUCAGAUGAGAGCACGGGAAACACCUCAACAAAACAUCACUCUCACUGUUUCUCAGUUCAGAAGUCUGUUAUUAAUAUAACUCAAACGGCCAACGUAUCGCGCCGAGUAAAGGACUAAAUUCAAAUUAUCUGUGUGUUCUUCUUGUAUCCGUGUUGAAUAUGUCUGCGUCCGCUGGCGGUGCUGGAUCUCCGGGCUCGGCCCUCUCCCCUGGCCCGGCUUCGGCUCCCGGCUCCGGCAUGUCUAUGUUCCGAUGGCUGGAGGUGCUGGAGAAGGAGUUUGACAAGGCGUUUGUGGAUGUGGAUCUGUUACUGGGAGAGAUCGACCCGGAUCAGGCUGAUAUCACAUAUGAGGGCCGUCAGAAGAUGACCAGUCUCAGCUCAUGUUUUGCUCAGCUGUGUCAUAAAGCCCAAACCAUCUUCCAGCUCAACCAUAAACUAGAGGCUCAGCUGGUGGACUUGCGGUCGGAGCUGACAGAUGUCCAGGCAGAGAAGGUCGUGGUGGAGAAGGAUGUUCACGAACAGCUUCUGCAACUCCACGCCAUGCAGCUCAAACUCCAAGCCAAAGGCGGCCAGGCAGUCGACUCGGACUCUAUCAAGGACAGGAUGCCUGUUCCCUCAGUGGAGGACAAGGAGAAGGAACUGGAGGCCAGUAAGAAAGAAAAAGUGAAGGAGGCCAAGUUGGAGGCAGAGGUGAAGUUGCUGAAGAAAGAGAACGAGGCCCUCCGCAGGCACAUUGCGGUACUACAGGCUGAGGUGUAUGGUGCCAGACUGGCAGCCAAGUACUUGGACAAGGAGCUGGCUGGGAGGGUGCAGCAGAUCCAAUUGCUCGGUCGAGACAUGAAAGGACCAGCUCAUGACAAACUGUGGAACCAGCUUGAAGCAGAGAUUCACCUGCACCGCCACAAAACAGUGAUCCGAGCCUGCAGGGGGCGCAAUGAUCCCAAGAAGCCCUUGCCAUCACCUGUUGGGCAUGACACAGAUUCUCUGAAGAAGACUCAAGGAGUCGGCCCUAUACGCAAAGUGGUUCUGGCCAAAGAAGAUCAUGAAGGACUUGGCAUCUCUAUUACUGGUGGGAAAGAGCACGGAGUUCCCAUCCUCAUCUCCGAAAUCCACCCCACCCAGCCUGCCGAGCGCUGCGGAGGACUGCAUGUGGGAGAUGCCAUCUUAGCCGUCAACAACAUCAACCUGAGAGAUGCAAAGCACAAAGAGGCCGUCACCAUCCUCUCACAGCAGAGGGGGGAAAUCGAGUUUGAAGUGGUUUAUGUGGCUCCAGAAGUGGACUCUGAUGACGAGAACGUGGAGUAUGAAGAUGACAGCGGACACCGCUACCGUCUGUACCUGGAUGAGCUGGAAGAGGGAUCGGGAGCCAAUCACAACAAUGGCACUGCUGACCCCGCCUCUCUACAAGCUGUAGGGAAGCACUUAGCGAACAACAGAACAGAGAAUGGAGAUACCGGCUUGUCCAGCGAAAGCCCUUCAGACGACAAGACCUCCAAGACAGCAGAGUCUGCAGAGAGCUCCUCUUAGAUCUCCAGCCUACGAGAAUGAUCCUGAAGAUGAGAGAGGAGCGUCAAGCGCAGAGACGGAGAGCAGAAAGAGAUUAAGACUGCACAUGUAUAAUAUGUAACAUACGAGAUUAUUCGUUUUAUGCCGUAUGGAGAACAGACUGCUUCAACGUCCACUGGAGAUGGAUGAACCACUGAGAAACACUGAGAGAAGAGGACAUAAUGUUACUCAGUGGCCACAAAGGAUUGUUUGCAAAUAUACGUCACCAUCUUGGUUUAUAGUUGUAAAGAAACACUUGAGGGGACAAAAUGACGAUCUGCAUAGAUGACUAAAGUGAUUGGAUGGAAUUAUAUGGUAUAAGAGUUUUGAUUCUUGACUUCCUCUUUUGUGUAACCUCACCGUGCAUUUAAUGACCCUCCAUAGGUGAGCUGAAUCUGAGCUCAGAUGUACUUUAUCGAUUCACACUUCUUCUCUCGUACUGAAGUAGAUGGAUAUAGCAAUGAGUUACUGUUUGCUCAAAGUGUACGUUCAUAUAAAACAUCGUUUUUAACCUCUCGGUUUUAGCCUAGUGUGAGCCUAAAGCAAAGGCAAACAGGAUAAUGUCACUUCCUGUUUUGUGCACAGGGUGGUCAGUAGAUGACGGAAGAGAAACAACACAGGGAGUCGAAAUAACAGUGCGCAUCCACAUGUGAUUAGAUUACAUUUCUGUGCUUUCCACACAUAACAGUUUGAAUGUGCCAUUUUCAGUUUCGUAGAAGAGAUAUCCGGGUCAUAUUUUACCCCAAAAGAAGAAGGGAAAAAUAAUAUAUAUAUAUAUAUAUAUAUAUAUACACAAACACACACAGUGUGUAUAUAUAUAUGUGUGUGUGUAUAUAUUUAUAUAUACACAGUAUAUAUAUGUGCAUAUAUAUAUAUAUAUUGAUGCAAACAUUUUAAUAUUCUUUAUUUUAUAAUAGUCUUUAUUUAUUUCUGAAUGUGCUUAUUUCUCAUAAAAAUAAUGUCACAAUGUAAAAUAAUUCCAAUAAUAAUUAAUGGUCCUAAAUUAAACAUGCUAAUUUGUAACAUGCUAAUAUAUAUAAAAUAAAUAUAUAAAUAUAUAUAUAUAUAUAUAUAUAUAUAUAAUAUAUAUAUAUAUAUAUAUAUAUAUAUAUAUAUAUAUAUAUAUAUAUAUGCAAAAUUAUAACAAUAAAUAUUAAUGGCUCUAAAAUCAAACAACUUCUUUACUUAAAAAAUAAUUACCUAUCUUAUUUUCUUUUUAUUUUAGAGUGAAAUAUGACCCGGAUAUUUCUUAACAGGUUUUUUUUAUGAGAUGCCGAUCUGCAGAAGUAUUUUGGAGCAUCUUUGCUGAACAAUCUCUAACUAGAGCUGAUAGUGCCAUUGAACCUACUGUAUUAACUGUGUCUUUAGGAAAGAUACUGAUAUUAUCUGGUUAGAGAAGUGUACUUAAAUUUUUACACAGCGAUGUAGCAUAGCGUUAUUUAAUCCAAGCCAAUCUUUAUAUUCUGUGCAAAACAUAAAAGGGUACAGAGAUCACGGACAACUAUCUUGCCCUAUUCAGUCUUAGAGUUGGCUGUAGUGCCUCAAAUCUGUGAAUUGUAAGAUCUUUACUGUGUAGAUCACUAGAAGAGGUUCCUAUAAUCAUCAGUGUUGCUUUCCUACCUUUAAGUUAUUUAACAUAUCACUUUUCUCUCGUGCCGUUAUCUCAAUAGCAUCUUCAGCUUCAGCCAUCUAAUGCUCCAGUCUAAAUGUCUGUACACUGAUUAUAUUAUAUUUAACUGAAACAUGGGCUACAUACCAAUAAAACUUUCCCUAAACUCAUGCUUUACCCUGCUGAAAGAAGAAGAAAAAAACAGCUUUAAAGGGAUAGAUCACCCAAAAAUGACAUUACUCACCCUCAUGAUGUUCCAAACCAUUUGAAGAAUGUUGGUAACCAGACAGUUGAUGGUAGUCAUUGACUUCCAUAGUAGGAAAAAAAAAAUACUAAUGGCUACCAUCAACUGUCUGGUUACCAACUUUCUUCAAAAUAUUUUCUUUUGUGUUCAACAGAAGAAAGUCCCUCAAGUUGUUCCAAACCUGUAUGAGUUUAAGUAAAUGUUGACAGAAAUUUCAUUUUUGGGUGAACUGUCCCUUUAACAAGGUGGUUAGAUGGUCAAGGCUAGUUUUUAGCAUAGCUUGAGUGAUAAAUAUUAAAUAUUCAUAAGGUAUUUGCUUAUCACACACUUAGUCUGGUAUUUAUCACCCCACUGUAAUCAUCACAGGUGUUUGUAUGUUAUGAAGAUGAGGGCAGUCAGGACAAUCAGCGCCGUAUGGUCUUUUAUCAGAAAGUAGGCUGGUUCAGUGGACUCAUGUUACCUUUAUUUUCUUGUUACCGAUUAGUUCAUCUGGGAGAUGAUGCGUGUCCGCAGGAACCAAGUGCUUCCCACACUGCCAGUGCAUGGAAGAGUACAGAUGCAUCUUUAACCUGGAGGAACAUUUCCCCUCUUUUUUUUUUUAGCCCUUCUGGUUUGUGAUUUAUUUUUCUGUUUUUCCAGUGUCAUAGGAAAUGUGCUUCAGAAACACAGGAGAUUGGGAUAAAUGUUCCACAUGUAGUUAAUGUAUGACAUGAAAUGUUUCAAUAAACUUAAAUUUAUUUGCCCAGA